GGGCGGAAAGCGGAAAGGCGCCAUUUGCCGUAGCGGAGCGUCGGAGUAAGACAGAGACAAAACCAAGCGAAACUGCAGCGGAUUAAACACCGGCUCCGGCUUUAUGGAGGCGGCGGGGAACCCGUCUGUGGGCAGCAGUUCUCUAGGAGUGGGGCUCUCCUUACUUGGCAGGAUGGACUCGGGCGUUCCCAGUUCAGGAAAACGCAUCCGCAAACCUUCUCUCCUCUUCGAGGGUUUCGAGAGUCCGGCUCUGCCACACGCCCCUGUGCCUGGACCCCCGCUUCCCCAGCAGCCCCCUGUCAAGGACCCCAGCCGCCAAGGCCGAGUGACUAACCAGCUGCGGUACCUCCAGAAGGUCAUGGUGAAGGCCCUCUGGCGCCACCAUUUUGCCUGGCCUUUCCAUGAGCCCGUGGAUGCGCUUCGGCUCAAUCUGCCGGACUACCAUAAGAUCAUUAAGCAACCUAUGGAUAUGGGCACCAUCAAGAAACGACUGGAGAACAACUAUUAUCGCAAUGCCAGCGAGUGCAUUCAGGACUUCAACACCAUGUUCACAAACUGUUACAUCUACAACAAGCCUACCGAUGAUAUCGUGCUGAUGGCCCAGUCUCUGGAGAAGGUCUUUCUGCAGAAGGUUGCACAGAUGCCCCCAGAGGAGAUUGAGCUGCCCCCUCCUGCCCCAAGAAGUAGAGGCGCCAAGGCUGGGAAAAGCCGUAGAGGCAGAGGAGGUGUGACCAUAGCCCAGCAGGUCCCUGCAGUGUCCCAGUCUGCCUACUCCCCCUCCUCUCCAGACACUCCAGACUCCAGGUUUUCAGGCUCUCCUCACAUGAUGCUCAGCAAGCCCGCCCCGCCUCCGACCCUCAUGACUUUACCUCCCACACAGCCCACUGCAAAGAAGAAAGGAGUGAAGCGUAAAGCAGACACCACCACCCCCACCACCAUGGGCUUCCCUGUGGCCUCCGCCAGCCGUGUGGGGGGCAUGGGGAAAGGCCGUGGGGGUGUGGCAGGGGGUAUGCCCAUGUCUCUCUCUCCUAUGCCCCUCUCACCCAUGCCCCUCUCUCCCAUGCCCCUGGAAUGCGUGCCCAGUCUUGUGCGAGGGGUGGGGACGAGCGAGACCGCCCACCUGCAGCCUGUUAUGGGUCGACCCCUGAACCGCCGGCCCAUCAAACCUCCCCGCAAAGACCUGCCCGACUCUGUGAAGCCCAGCCGACCGUCACGGCGAGGGAAACUGAGCCGGCAGCUGAAGUACUGUAGCGGCAUCCUAAAAGAACUGCUGUCCAAAAAACAUGCUGCUUAUGCCUGGCCCUUCUACAAACCUGUGGACGCUUCAGUGCUCGGCCUGCACGACUACCACCAUAUCAUCAAACACCCCAUGGACCUCAGCACCAUUAAGAGGAAGAUGGAUGAGCGGGAGUACAGGGAUGCUCAGCAGUUCAGCGCUGAUGUUCGACUCAUGUUCUCCAACUGCUACAAGUACAAUCCUCCAGAGCACGAUGUGGUCUCCAUGGCACGGAAACUACAGGACGUGUUUGAGUUCCGAUUUGCCAAGAUGCCGGAUGAAGUCCUGGAAGAUGAGGAAGAGGAUUUGGAGCCUGCGUCUCUAGGCCAUAACAUGGGCAUCAUGGGAAUGCACCGCUCCUCCUCGUCUUCAUCUUCCUCUUCAUCCUCCUCAUCGUCUUCUUCCUCGUCGCCCUCCUCUUCAUCGGAGAGCGAGCCGAGCAGCGAGAGUGAGGCGAACAGCGACAGCAGCCCGAGCUCAGACAGUGAAGAAGAGAGAGCUCAGCGUCUGGCCCAGCUGCAGGACCAGGUGUGCACUCAGCUGAGAGCGGUGCACGAGCAGUUGGCGGCACUGUCCUCCGCCCCCAUCGUCAAACCUAAGAAGAAACGGGAGAAGAAGAAGGAUAAGAAGAAAAAGAAGAAGCUGGAGAAGCGCAAGGCCAGUCGGAGUUUACAGAACGCAGAGAGAGAACGUGAGCGGGAGCGAGAGAGGGAGAGGGAGCGGGAGAGAGAGAAGGAGAGGGAGAAACCGAGCAAACCUUCGAAGAGCAAAGCUAGCAAGGCGGCACCAUCGACCACUCAGAGCAAGAAGGUCCCCACCAAGAAGAACAGCAAGAGCAACAAGACGAAUAAGAAGUCUGCUGCUGCAGUGUCCCGUUUCUCGGCGGCUCCGGCUCCAGCCCCUGUAGCUCACUACGACUCAGAGGAGGAAGAGGAUGUGCUGCCCAUGAGUUACGACGCCAAGCGGCAGCUCAGCCUGGACAUCAACAAGCUCCCGGGAGAAAAGCUGGGUCGCGUCGUUCACAUAAUCCAGUCCCGCGAGCCUUCACUCCGCGACACGAACCCUGAGGAGAUUGAGAUCGACUUCGAGACUCUGAAACCGUCCACGCUGCGGGAGCUGGAGCGCUACGUCAUGACCUGCCUGCGCAAGAAACCCAGGAAACCGUACGGCGAGCCUCCAGCGAUGGCAAAGAAGGCUGGUGGUGGAAAGUCUCGUGAGGAGCUGGCUCUGGAGAAGAGAAGGGAGCUGGAGAGGAGACUCCAGGACGUCAGUGGACAGCUCAACUCCGUCAAGAAGCCACAGAAACCCAAAGUGGAGAAAUCCAGCAGCAGUGUGGAGCAGCACUCCGUACCCACGCGGCUCAGCGGCAGCAGCUCUAGUUCAGACUCUUCUUCAUCGUCUUCAUCUUCAUCCUCCUCCUCUUCAGACACCAGUGACUCAGACUCCAGGUGAUCAGUCACUGAGAGCGUGGAAACAUGGCCUGACCUCCAGGAGCUCCAGGACAUAGAUUGAAAAAUGGGACACACGGCACGGCAGGCCUAUAGUAGAGUGAUCUGGAGAUGGAGUGAUAGAAAGUGAAAAAGGUGAAACAAAAAAAGGAAACAAACCAAUCACUACAUUUUUCCACAGUGGACACAGCAGUGUACGACUGUAAAUCCCUGAAAACUGUUAGUGUGUGUUGAGAUUUGUUUGUUUAAAAAAAAAUGUACAUAAUGUAUUGGAUUAAUUUUUCUUUUAUAAAGAAGAUUUUUAUAAAAAAUGCCCAUAGUGGGAGACUUUAAAUGGGAUUGUGUGGAUGUAAAAUCUGCGCUGCUAUCUUUAGUUGGAGUAAUAGGAGAGUGUGGUGUUUCUUUUUUCUUUUAUUUUCUUUCCUUUUUGUAUUUUGUAAGGAUUUAGCGCUCUGUUUAAAUCCUCAUUCCCCCAAACCGCAGCAUUAAGGCAUUUCUAAAGCAUGGAGUUCCCGAAAGCUUGCCUCUGCCUUUAUUUACAUCUAGAUAUUCAUUUAAAAUCUAAUCUACAUCUGCUGCAAAAUACUAUUUGAUGCCCCAGACAUGAACAGCAGGAUCUUAAAAGAAAAUCGAAAAUCUGAUGACUAAACGUGUGCUUAAAAUAGAAGUGUUUAUUCUGAAGUUGCUGAAUUCUGUGUGUCCAUAAACACACAGUCUUAAUAGAACUUCUUCUGUUAAACUUAAUCCAAGUUUCAGACCCUGUUUAAUCAUGUGAAUCAGGCAAGAUCCUGUAAAAAACUAUUAGACUAAUGUAAUGGAUUAUUAAAUACAGUUAUGGACUUUCCAGAUUCACAGAUUCAUAGAUUGGAUAACUACUAAGUCUUAUCCAGUUCGAUCCUUUGUUUUUACUGCUGUGCACCGCUAGCAAAGUGCCCUCUCCUUAACAUUCAUUAUUCCCAGCCCACAGUAGUGAGGAGAGUUCUCAGAAGGAACAGUUCAGGCUCAUUGUGUUGCAUUGUGGAACUUUUUUUAUGCAGUAAAUGUAGUUCUAGAGCUUUAACUUUGUUUAAAGCUGCUUUUCCCCACAUAUGUUGUUGUCUACUUUUUCCAUUGUAGCACAUUCAUUGAAUGCCUACUUACUAUGUAGAAGCAAAUCUAUUGUGGAAAGGCUUGGUUUUUACAAGUAGGAGAACCAAAUGCUAUUAAAAUGCUUAUUAGGCUGUUGCACAUAUGUAAUAGAAAGUUUAUUCAUUAUUUAAUUCACCAUACUAUAAUAUAGUGUACCAUGAUACACACUUACACAUAUAGUAGCAUUUAAAGGAAAUUGAAGCUUUAUGGUCAAAAAUCUAAUUAAAAAGCCUAAAAAAAUCUACAAAACUAAAGAAGUUAGUCACAAAUACCAUAUGAUAUAAACUGUUAAUGGAAAAUCCAACAAAAAAUCCAAAAUCUUGGAUAUACUGAUCUGCAUUACACUACUUAGAUCAGCUCUGGGAACCAAAAUAAAAAUGUUUUUACCGAUUUCCAAGUGUGUAAAUAUUUAACAAUCAGUUGUUCCACACAGUUUUGAAUAUACAGGGUGGUUUAUUUACCGUCUCAAGCCUAACUCUUCACUAUAAAUACAUGUAUUAAUCCAAUUCAAAGUAACAUUGACAUUGCAAUAGGUUUAUACAUAUUGUGCUAUUUAAUAAUACAGGAAUUGGCACCCAUUUUCAUUAGUCAAAGUCAAUAAUCUAUACUAAUAUACUAAAAUUAUACUAAUAUUGCAUUCUGUAGAUUACCAGGAUUUGAGUAUCAAGGUCGUAACAUUAAGUUAAUGUCUUUAGUAAUGCUGCACGUCUUAUGAUGUGACUAUAGUUCUAUAUCUUUUCUCUAAAAAAAAAAUAUAUAUUUCACAUUUCUACUAAGUGAUAAAACUCUUGCAUCUGGACUGCAAUUGAAAAAAGAGGAGGACCAGUGAGUUUUUUUUGUUUGUUUUUUCUUUUUUGUUUUGUUUUUUUGCUUUCUCAGUCACAUGACAUCACGUUCAGUAGCUCCUCCAUGUCCACUCCCUGUUGUGUUUACAUGGAUCUCCAUGGAAACUCGCACCCAAUGUGUAAUUACAGUGCUUGGCAGUGAAUUAUUAAACGCGAGGUGAUGAAACUCAGAGAUGUUUGUCCAGAUGGCACUAAAAUCACCAGAGGACCACAGAGUUCAGCAAAAAACAGUAGAUAAUUCAACCUAUAAUUUUCCCUCAGAGAACAUCUGAGAAAAACAUAUACAUGGUCAUUCCGGACAGGAAUAAAAUCACAGAGGACCCCCAAUAAAAGAUAAAUUUACCCCAGAACCCCUUGAGAAUCGAAUUCCCUCCAAAUCGUCCAUUUAUCAUUUAAAAGCAGAAUUCAGCAACUAUACACUUGCACACAGUCAUUGGGCUUUCUAAUGUUAUGUUGGCGCAUGGAAAAAAAAUCACAAAAAACGUUGAUUAUUUUUUUUUUUUGGUAGAAAUGUGUCUGAUCCAGACGCUUCUUUCUGUAAAUGGUGCUUCUUAAGAUGCAGUGCAGAGGGAACAUGCACUUUACAACUGAACUAGCAAGCAAAAGUUUACAAAACAUCAGAAAAUUCAGGACCAGCUCUGUUUCAGUGUGUGAUGACUAGCCAAAGGGAGAAAUCGCUGUUAUUAAAACAACUAUUAAAUGGUUCUGAAAGUUCUAGUUAGCUGAUGCACUGUAGAUACUGCCGUGAUCGAUUGUCUCUUAUAAAAUGGAUCCAAUCUGUUUUUUUUUUUUGUUUUUUUUUUGUGUUUUGUUUUGUGUGUAUGUGUUUAGUUGAUUAGUCGAUUUUUACUUCUUAAUCAAAUAUGAAUGUGGUUUGGACCUCCCAAACAAUGGGCCCAGAGCCAAAGUUCUCAUUGCGGUAGACCAAUUAGAUUCGUCCUUUCAGAACCUGUUACCGAGCUCCAUGUUAGUGCAGGCUGGAGUGACGUCAUUUCAUUUGCAUAAUGCUAACCGAGUCACCACUUCCUUCCAGUUGUUCAUAAUUAGCAGGGAUUGGAAUUUACAAAUGGCGUAAUGCUUUUAAAGAGUUGGGAAAUGUCAGUAAAAUGUUAUCCUGUAUACUAGUCUGAAGUUGUUAGUUGUGGGCUUUUGUUAGUCAGUUUGGAAGUUUAUUGGAAGAGGAAUCCGAGCUAGCGCAUGAAAAGCAACGGCUCAAACUUUUAUCUCUCUACUGUAAAUAUAAUCUAAGAUCAGAUCUCAGCGCAACAUGGUUCUAGUUCUUCUUUUCCUUCCUCUGCUUUCUUUUGUACCAAUGGUCUUUUUAAUUUUCUUUCCCCAGUGUAAAGAACAUCACCCUUUUCUCGUGACCCAUGCUAGCUGCGCAGAUGCAACAUUCCGUUACUGCUCUAUUUAUAUAUUUAGGCUGUUAGACCAUUUGAAAUGUAUAUUUAGUUUGGUUUUACUUGAGUGCAAAUACACUUAUGCUGACUGGACAAA